AUGGCGGCAUCCGGGCUCGCGGUCGCCGCGGCCGCGGUGGCGGCGGUGCUGGCGGCGGCGGCGCUGCCGCUGCUCGCGGCCGGCGCGUACGCGGACUGCUACGACUUCUGCUUCAAGGACUGCAUCUCCAAGGACAAGUCCAUGAGGGACUACUGCAGCUACGCCUGCGACAAGACCUGCGCGCCCGACGGCCGCGCGCUCCGGCGCCCCGCGGCGGCCGCCGUCGGUGGCCUCGCCAUCGCAUGCCAGAUCGACUGCGUCAGGGGGUCCUGCCACGGCGCCCGUGCAGGCGGCAAGGACAUGGUGGCCUGCUACGGUCAGUGCUACGACAGGUGCAAGACUGGGCCCGGCCUGCCGAGACCUCUCCGCGCAGGCGCAGGUGUCGUCCGGCCGGCGGGGUUGCCCGGCAGCCCCUUCCACGAGAAGCAGGACGCCGUCGGGGCGGCGGCGUUGCCCGGCAGCCCCUUCCACGAGAAGCAGGACGCCGUCGGGCCGGCGGCGCUGCCGGAUGCAGACGAUGUCAGCCAUCAAGCAUGGGGCACCGUCCUCCCCUGA